UGGAAAAACGUUAGUCGUAAUAUGUCGUGUCAUACUUUCUCGUGCGUACCUUCUACUAUCGACAUUCCAUAAGUCAUCACUAAGAAUAAUAAAAUAAUUUUCUUCUAAGUAAAAUGCCUGAAAAAAUAUCUUGGCCAUUUGUGGUAGCUAUUAUUCAUCCAAAUAUCGGAGGCUGGGCUGGAAGCUAUAUUACUAGGAAAAGUCUUACACCCUGGUAUGAGUCUUUAAAGAAACCAAUUUGGACUCCACCAAAGUGGGCAUUUGCUCCAAUAUGGUCAACUCUGUAUUGCACAAUGGGGUAUUCUUCAUAUUUAGUAUGGAGAGAUGGUGGUGGUUUUAAAGAGGCAAUAAUACCACUUUCUAUUUACGGAACUAAUUUACUACUAAAUUGGUCUUGGACACCAAUAUUCUUUGGAAUGCACAAGAUAAAAUGGGCUUUGUAUGAAAUUGUUUUAUUAUGGGGAAGCACUGUAGCAGUGGGUGUGGCAUUUUACAAUGUGAAUCCACUUGCCGGCUGUUUGAUGAUUCCAUAUGUAGCAUGGACUUCACUUGCUACAGCACUCAAUUAUGUCAUUUACAGGGAUAACAAACCAAGCAUAGAACCUGCUCCAGAAGAAAAAAAGGAAUAACAUACCUGAUGAUACCUCUGUAGCAAACAAUAUUAAUGUAGAUUACCUAAAGAAAACAAUCCUUGGCGCUUUUUUUACAGUUAUUGUAUCACCAUUAUUUAAUAAAAAAUGUGUCCUGCAUUGAACGCACAAU